CAUCAUAGUAGGUACUUACCUACCUAACAACUUUUGCGUUGCUAUCGGUACAUAUCGUCGAAACCCGCCAGUCGAGUUUAGUGUCCAAGAUGGGAACAACAUGGAUUGUGCUGUGGUGCGCUUGUUUGCUUGUUUGUGUUCAUGCUCUGGCACCGACGAUCAAAUUGAAUGAUGGACGAGAAACACCAUUAAUAGCUUUUGGAACUUGGUUAGGAAACAGUUCACAGGGUCGCGUAAAACCACAAUACAACGAAACAGAACAAGCGGUGCUGUGGGCCAUAGACGCUGGGUACCGUCACGUGGACACGGCUAUGAUCUAUAUGGUGGAAGAUCAGGUGGGGAGAGCUAUCAACGCGAAGAUUGACCAGGGAGUCAUAACACGCGAGGACAUCUUUGUUACUACUAAGCUGUGGAAUGACCAGCAUGCUCGCGAUGCCGUGGUCCCGGCGCUUCGAGCGUCUCUCGCGCGACUCAACUUGGACUACGUCGACCUCUACCUGAUUCACUGGCCUGUUGGACAAUUUGCAAACGGCACAUUCGACUCAACAGACUAUUUGGACACAUGGCGUGGCAUGGUGGAGGCGAAGCAGCUGGGGCUCACCAGGUCCAUCGGCGUCUCCAACUUCAACCAGCACAUGCUCGACAGGAUCCUGAACAGCGGCCUCGAGAGGCCUGCUGUCAAUCAAAUUGAGAUAAACCUGAACCUCCAACAGCCAAAACUCCUCGAAUACUGCAAGCAACAGAACAUCACAGUUAUGGCGUAUACUCCAUUCGGGUCCUUAUUCCCCACUAAAGCCACGCCCGACGCUCCACCGCCACGGGUCGAUGACCCCGUGCUGGUGGAGAUGGCGGGGAGAUAUAAUAAAACUGUCCCACAAGUGGCUUUACGGUAUUUGAUCGAGUUAGGAGUGAUACCGAUCCCGAAGUCAUUGACAAAGUCGCGAAUCGAACAGAAUUUUCAAGUAUUUGACUUCACUUUGAAAGAACAAGACAAGGAUGUUCUCAAAAAGUACGACACCGGAUAUAGAACUGUGUUACAACUGAAAUGGUUUGAUCAUCCUUAUUAUCCUUUCGAGAAAGAUCACACUAACGCGAAUACACCUCGUGUAUGAUAAAACAUUAUCUAAUUAUAAGUACUUAAGAAUUUAAUUACUAUGCACAAAUAAAGAAAUAUUUCAAAAAUAA